AUGAAUGAAAAACUUUCACAAUUCCGAACUCUCAGCGAAGCAGAAGGUCUUCGAAAAGUUGCUUUUAUUGGUGUCACUUUAUCCGUUGUCUCAGCUCUCGUCUGUGCUGUUUCAAUUCCGAUGUUAUAUAGUUAUAUGCAAUAUGUGCAUUCAUCCAUGCAAAACGAGGUAGAUUUUUGUAAAGCUCGAUCGAGCAAUGUUUGGAAGGAAAUAGCUCGAAAGACCCAGAUUGUGGCAACACAACUUUUUGCAAGACAUAAACGGUCUGGCGGCAAUAACGCACUUGCUUACUGCUGCGGCUGUGGUAUUUCAUCUUCAGGUCCACCUGGCUCACCUGGGAAAGAUGGUAAAGAUGGAGCCGAUGGAGAAGCUGGAGCUCCUGGCAAGAAUAGUUUGGAUGCUGAGAUGACGACUCCUGCAAUGAGGGAAUGGUGUUUUGAUUGUGAAGAUGGGCCGCAAGGACCGCCCGGAGCGUCUGGUGUUAAAGGAUCGCCUGGAAAGCCAGGCCCUCGCGGUUUUCCAGGAAAGAAUGGCGUUCAAGGCAUUAAUGGUGACCAAGGGACCGAAGGUCCGCCUGGCGAACCUGGGACACCAGGUUUAAAAGGCGAAAAUGGCCUUGUCGGAAUGGUUAACGAAGCGAUUGGUCCAGAGGGAAUACCUGGGAUGCCAGGGAAAGAAGGAUUUCCGGGACAGCCUGGAUUGCCAGGUGAAAACGGCAAAAUGGGAAGUGGUGGCCCAAUUGGACCACCAGGUGAUAAAGGCAAUGUUGGCGCACCUGGUGCAGCAGGGAAAGAUGGCGAAAAAGGAUCUGAUGGUGUACCAGGAUCUACUGGAGGAUGCAAUCAUUGCCCGCCUCCUAGAACAGCACCAGGCUAUUAG